AUGGCGUCACACAUCACCACCACUAGCAAGGCCCAGGCGGGCGUCACGCUGGCCGCAAUCCCCAAAACAAGCACAUUCACAUCAAAACUCCCGCCGGAUCCUGCAGUUGAAACUCCAACAGCAGCACACAAUGCGCCGCGAGAUGCCUUGGGGUCGUCUCGUAUGGUUAGGGAGGCCAUGUAUACCUAUGUUCGCCCGGAAAUUGUCAAAGAACCGGAGCUUCUGGGUGUUAGUCCAAGGGCGAUGGCAGAUAUUGGGCUCCAGGCAGGCGAGGAGCAGACGGAAGAUUUUCGCAGUCUGGUAGCCGGGAACAAGAUCUUUUGGAGUGAGGAAGAAGGGGGGAUAUAUCCAUGGGCGCAAUGCUACGGGGGGUGGCAAUUUGGCUCCUGGGCUGGUCAGCUCGGUGAUGGCCGUGCUAUCAGCCUUUGUGAGUUGACGAACCCGAGCACAAACUACCGCUACGAACUGCAGCUCAAGGGCGCAGGACGGACUCCAUAUUCACGGUUUGCGGAUGGCAAGGCUGUUUUACGGUCGAGUAUUCGCGAGUAUGUCGUAUCAGAAGCUCUUAAUGCCCUUGGAAUUCCAACCACCAGAGCCCUUGCUCUCACCCUACUCCCCCAUUCCCGAGUCUUGCGAGAGAGAACCGAGCCCGGUGCAAUCGUUGCACGGUUUGCCGAGAGCUGGCUGAGAAUCGGCUCAUUUGACAUUUUCCACUCUCGUAACGACCGGGACAUGAUCCGGAAACUGGCCACAUUCGUGGCAGAGGAUGUUUUUGCGGGAUGGGAGUCUCUUCCAGCGGCAGUUCGCCUGUCAGAUGACAAAGACGCUCCUACUUCUGGCGAUGCCGUGGACAGCCCGUCACGCAAAAUCCCGUCGUCCGAGAUCCAAGGCGAGCCAGGCCAGGAAGAAAACCGGUUCACGCGACUGUACCGCGAGAUUGUGCGCCGAAACGCCAAGACGGUGGCAGCCUGGCAGGCAUACGGGUUUAUGAACGGGGUUCUCAACACGGACAACACGUCUCUCUUCGGCUUGUCGCUGGACUACGGCCCAUUUGCGUUCAUGGACAACUUUGACCCUACGUACACGCCGAACCACGACGACCACUUUUUAAGAUACUCGUACAAAAACCAACCGUCGGUCAUCUGGUGGAACCUGGUACGGCUGGGCGAGUCGCUCGGCGAGCUGAUCGGGGCAGCCGAUAAAGUCGACGACGAGACGUUUAUCGCCAAGGGUGUGACGGAGGAAUUCGGCAAGGUGCUUGUUGAGCGCGCCGAGAAGAUUAUCAACCGCGUGGGCGACGAGUACAAGAUUGUAUUUUUGAACGAAUACAAACGGCUCAUGGGCCGGAGACUCGGGUUGCUCACAUACAAAGAUUCUGAUUUCGAGGUCUUGUUUUCCGAGUUGCUCGACACUAUGGAGCAACUCGAGCUUGAUUUCAAUCAUUUUUUCCGGAAGCUCUCGGAAAUCAGCCUCGCAGAGAUUGAGACUGACGAGCAGAGACUGGCCGUCUCCCGUGUGUUUUUCCACAGCGAGGGCGUCAGCGGCAUUGGUAAUACAGCAGAAAGCGCGACUAAACGCAUCGCCGCGUGGCUAGACUCGUGGCGGUUGCGAGUCGCCGAAGACUGGAAGGACGCAAACGACGACGACCGACAGAAGAGUAUGAAAGCUGUGAAUCCAAAGUUCCUCCCCCGGUCGUGGAUUCUCGAUGAACUCAUCGAGCGUGUCGAGCGCAAGGGCGAGCGCGAGGUUUUGGGUAGGGUUAUGAAUAUGGCUCUAGAUCCGUUUAGCGAUGAAUGGGGAGGAGACAAAGAGGAAGAAGAGCGGUUUUGUGGCGAUGUGCCGCGAUUCAAGCGCGCGAUGAUGUGUAGCUGUAGUUCUUGA